CAAGAAGCAGAAACAAAAGUGGCCUCCUGCAACCCAGCAGCACCAGCAGCAGCAGCAGCAGCAGCGUAGCACACGGGGUACAGCGUACGUUAGUUUGGGGCGCACGGACGAAUAGCUCGGCAAAAGCUAGUAACACACAACCGUGUUCCGAGUGCCACACUACUGGUGCUGGUGUGGCAACAAAUCAGUGGGGACGCAAUAAAUGCCCCACAUGUGGUGUAGGGCCCCAUCCGGCCGCAGAACCGCCGCUGUCUCGUCGUGCAGGGAACCCUCGAACCACCGAACCACCGCAGCCGAAGAAUAAGAUGGCGAUCCUGGCCUGUGAGGAUGCGGCCCAUGGUGUAGUGCUUCGUGUUAUUAUGCGAAUGUAAAAAAGAAAAAACGUAAAAAGGAAAAACAGUGUAAUAUAACUGGACUCCAAGGAUCGACAGGCAGCGCAAGGAGUGUGACAGUGGCGUAGAAGGCGUUAAGAUACUCUUCAUCUCUCCCACGCUCGCUCUCUCUCUCUCUCUGUCUCUCUUCACUCGGGAGCAUAGGACAGGAGAACGCGUGCGUCGCGGGCGCGUGGCUAAAUCGUGGGCGAGAAGGCCAUCCACGACGACCACAAUCAAACGUGUCAGUAGAAAGACGCACAAUCAACCACAAUCGCUGUCCCGGGGGAGGGGUGGGGGAGGGGCUGGAAACGCUUGGCGCGAGGCCCUCGAAUAAUGAGUAACGGCACGAGCCGCGCUGUACGGUGGCUGGUGCACGCACGCGUUAGGUUGGUAAAGUGAUACAGAUCCUAGUGACAAAACCAAGACAAACAGCAGUCGUCGUCGUUGUCGUCGCCGCGGGUGCCCCCACAAAUUGCCCCAAACUGCGGUGCACGCACGCACCACAACAUGGCACCGGUGUUGGUGUGGCCGCUCGCAAGGACAACCUCCGGUAGCAUUGCAACGGCUACGACAGUCGAUCCAAUCCGUGCUGCCGCUGCUGCUGCACCGUCGACCGUGCAUCGCCAGUUAGCGUCAGUGUACCGGCAGUAGUACUCUGAGUGUCGCCCCGAAAACACAGUUCGCGAUUGUCCCCCUCUGUCCACGGCGUCCAAGCAUCAAGCAACAAUCAACAAUCAAUCAAACUCGGUUCCACCAAGAACGCUCCAACGAUGCGGCGAUAGUGCCGCCCGCCAGAAGGGGGCGCAGUGUGCGAGUGUGUGUUUGGAAGUAGCUAGCAGCUCGGCUAGCAGUGUGUGUGUGUGCCGAGUGUCCCGUGUCCCGAGAUUGACCGUAGCGUACCGGGAAGAAAGUGUUGCCCCGGUUGUCCUUGCGCCCCGGGGCUCACCGGAAACGCUCAAAGAAAGAAAGCUUUGUUUGGCAGGGGGGGUGCGGGGGGACCUGGCUGACCGGUGGCCAGGCGCGUUCUUCGAUCUCGUGGCCCUCCUCUCCGUUCCGCCCGGCGGCCAAGGCAGGCCGGGGUCGGUCUGGCACUGCACAGGCGCCCACAUCGUCACGAAUAUGGAUAAAUAUCGGUCGUUCCUGCUACUGCUGUGCUAUGCUGCGCUGUACCGGAGGCUCGAUGUCGUCCACGGCGAUCAGGUCGUUCUACUGGACACCACGAAGGAGGCAACGCUGGAAUGGACCCGCUACCCAUACGGACCACAGGCCCAGACUCCGGGGUGGGUCGAAGAAUCGUUCACCAACUUCGUGAAGGGCAUCAACUGGCGCAGCUACGUGGUGUGCGAUGUCGCGUACAACAACGUCAACAACUGGCUCUGGUCACCGUUCAUCGACCGGGGACCGGCCAACCGGCUGUACAUCGAGAUCCAUUUCACGAUCCGCGACUGCUCGCUGUUCCCCGGGAAUGCGCUGUCGUGCAAGGAAACGUUCAGCCUGCUGUUCUACGAGUUCGAUGCGGCGACGCGCGAACCACCACCGUGGCAGCCGGAAAGCUACAAGCUGAUCGGGCGCAUUGCGGCCGGCGAGGGCCGCUUCAACCAGAACUCGGACGUCGACAUUAACGUGGAGGUGAAGAGUAUCGCGGUGACGAAGAAGGGCGUGUACUUUGCGUUCCGGGACCAGGGUGCGUGCAUUUCGGUGCUGGCGGUCAAGGUGUACUACAUUACGUGCCCGGCGGUCACCGUGAACUUUGCGCACUUCAACGAAACACCGACCGGGCGGGAGGUGACCAUUAUCGAGCAGCAGAUGGGCGUGUGCGUGGAGAAUGCGGAAGCGUUCGAGCAGCCGACGUACCUGUGCAAGGGUGACGGCAAGUGGACGAUCCUGAGCGGUGGCUGCCGGUGUAAGGUCGGGUACGAGCCGGACAGCGAGCGGCAGACGUGUAACGUGUGCCCGGUCGGCAAGUUCCGGUCGGCCGAGGUAAAGUCGUGCACGAUCUGUCCGCUCAACUCGAAGUCGAUCAAGAGCGGAUCACCGUACUGUCCGUGCCUGAACGGGCACUAUCGGCAUCCGCGCGACGGCCGGCACAUGCCGUGCUACAAACCGCCCGGUAUGCCGACCAACCUGACGCUACUGUUUAUCGAUCAGACGAGCGCGAUCCUGUCGUGGAACGCACCGCAACGGGCACCGGACGAGCAGCUGGAUCCGGUGUUCCGCAGUGAGAUAGUGUUUCGCGUCCGGUGCGCUGCCUGCACGUCGAACGUCGUCUUUAACCCGUCGAGUGAAACGUUCAACGAUACGAAGCUGACACUGACGAACCUGGAACCGGUCACGACGUACACCGUGCAGAUACACUCGCAGCACGGUGUCUCGUACCCGAUCGUCAACCCGGACGCACCGGGGAGUGGAACCGGUGGUGGGACCGGGGGCGGUGGUGGUACCACGUUCGAUAACGUCAGCACGGUCGGGUACACGGGCGGCGGUGGUGGGCACUACGGUGGUUACCAUGCGACGGAACCGACACCGGUCGUGAACGUGCGGGCGGCUUCCGAUCUCGACGAGAUCAAGACAGAGUUUGCGGAGAUUACCUUUACCACGGAGUCGGCCAUUCUGAGCACCGUGUUUAACGUGAAAGUCAUCCAAAUCACCAACAAGGACGCCGAUCUGGUGUGGGACAAACCGAUGCACAGCGAUUCACCGAUCGAGUAUUACGAGGUGCGCUGGUUCCCGAAGUCGGAGGUGGACGCCAUGAACAAGUCCGUGCUGAGCACGAAGGAGUCGAAGGUGCACAUUAGCGAUCUGCUGGAGAACACCGAGUAUGGGUUCCAGGUGCGCUGCAAAACGCUCAACGGUUGGGGCACGUUCAGCAACAUCGUCUACGCCCAGACACACCAGAGUGUCAGCCCCGUGUAUGAUGAUUCAUUCCAAAUGCGCAUCGUUGCCGGCACUACCGUCAUGGUCGUCGUCAUUCUUGUGCUGAUCAUCGUCGUCACAGUGGUAUUCCUGAAGUCGAAAAGCCACGAUGAUAUCGACAAAAAGACCAACAAUCACCUGCCGCUACCGCUGGACUAUGCCAGCAACGAAGUGCACGCGAUGGAUACGACCCCUAUAGUCAAAACGAUGAAAAGCAACGUGACAACACCGCUGUUCGGCACGAGCAGGAGCUACGUGGACCCGCAUACGUACGAAGACCCGAACCAGGCAAUACGCGAGUUUGCGCGCGAAAUAGACGCCAGCUACAUCACGAUCGAGGCCAUCAUAGGUGGCGGAGAGUUUGGCGAUGUUUGCCGGGGCCGCUUGAAGGUGCCGCCGAACUUUGUGCAGGAGAUUGACGUGGCAAUUAAGACGCUGAAGCCGGGAUCGUCGGAGAAGGCACGGUGCGACUUCCUCACCGAGGCAUCGAUCAUGGGCCAGUUCGAGCACCCGAACGUCAUCUUUCUCCAGGGCGUGGUGACGCGCUCGAACCCGGUAAUGAUCAUUACCGAGUACAUGGAGAACGGUAGCCUGGACACGUUUCUGCGCGCCAACGAUGGCAAAUUCCAAACGAUCCAGCUGAUCGGCAUGCUGCGUGGCAUCGCCGCCGGUAUGACGUAUCUCAGCGAAAUGAACUACGUGCACCGGGACCUGGCGGCCCGGAACGUGCUGGUCAACUCGCUGCUGGUCUGCAAGAUCGCCGACUUUGGGCUAUCGCGCGAGAUCGAGAAUGCCAGCGAUGCGUACACGACAAGGGGGGGCAAAAUUCCGGUUCGCUGGACGGCACCGGAAGCCAUCGCGUUCCGUAAGUUCACGUCGGCGUCCGACGUGUGGUCGUACGGUGUCGUGCUUUGGGAGGUGAUGUCGUUCGGUGAGCGGCCGUACUGGAACUGGUCGAACCAGGACGUGAUCAAGAGCAUAGAGAAGGGCUACCGAUUGCCGGCCCCGAUGGACUGUCCGGAGGCGCUCUACCAACUGAUGCUGGACUGCUGGCAGAAGCAGCGAACGCACCGGCCCACGUUCGCCAGCAUCACCCAGACGCUCGACAACUUGGCGCGGCAACCGCAAGUGCUUCUCACCACACGCAAUUCGCCCGACAAUCCGGUCGCCCGUCUGGGUUCCACCGGUAUUGUCGAUGAUCUGUCCCAAGACAUGAUGGUCACCGGUGGUGCUGGUGGAAUCGGUAGCAGUUCACAACAACAGCAGCACCAGCAGCAGCAGCAGCAGCAGCAGCAGCAGCAGCAACAGCAACAACAGCAACAGCAGCAGCAGCAGCAGCAACAGCAACAACAGCAGCAGCAACGCGUCGGCGGUAUGCUGCUAGGUGGGACGAGUGAACGCGUGCUCAAUAGUGCUGGUGGUGCAAACGUCGUCCCGUCUGGCAUGGGUACGCUCGGCUCUAGCCUGGGCGGACUGAGCAAUGCGGGCACCAUGACAGGUCCGUCGGCUCCGGCGAUCUUCAUCAACACUGAUCUGUGGCUGGAGAGCAUCAAGAUGUCCCGGUACUCUCAGCACUUCAAGGAAGCCGGUCUCGUGACAGCACAGCAGCUCUCGCGGCUCACGGCACAGCAGCUAUCCGACAUGGGUAUUACGCUGGUGGGCCACCAGAAAAAGAUACUGCACCAGGCUAGGCAAAUAGACACAAUUAUUUAAGUCUCUGGAUGUUUGCUAUUGUUCGUGGCGCCCGACAGUCGGCACGCUCAUCCAACCCAGCUCUCUUUGGUGUGGCCAUUAUUGUGUGCACUGUGAUUGGUGCAGCAGCAGCAGCAGCAGCAGCAACAGGAAAACCCCAGCGGUAAUGGCCACGUUACGACUGAAUAAAAAACGAAAAACCGUGAACGAAGGAUAAUCAUAGGUUAAAAAAAGAGAGAGAGAAAAAAAAUAAUAACGCGACAGCUCAGGAACAGGAACGGCGGCGAACUCGGAACGGCAAACGGGAGUGUUUUCGGUCUCCUAUGAUUUAAGGGAGUGUGCCGGGUUUUUUGAAAACUGUCCAACAAAAUGGUUCAUGCGUACGCUGUAUUAGCCAGCUUCAAACAAGAGAGAUAUCUGAUGUUUA